CCGGUCCCUCCCUCCCUCCGCCCGCCUGCUGGAGUCGCGGCGCCGCUCCAUGAGAGGCUGCAACCCGCUGGCAAUAACAGCGACGGCGCAUGGACUGCAGGACGUGCAAAGCAGAGGACGGGCGCCCGGGGACUGGGAGCAAGGUCCUACAGACAUGUACAUACGGUAACGCUCGUUGGAAACACCGUGCAGAAAAGGAAGCAGGCGAGAUUCCGAACUGUCUUUGGGCGAACGCUGCGAUUCAACGUCUUGUACCCGACGUAACCUGAUUUUGCGACAUUGACGAUGGCUUCCUUUGAGCAUCUUGAUUGGAUACAUGAAUGAUCUCAUCGUCUCAAGCCACAAUUUGAAGGAAAGAAGCAAUGGAAAGUUUGGUUAUCACCAAUUCCUCUGGGGCUGUUGUUCCUACAAUGUCUAUAAGCAGGCUUUUCCCUGCUCUUUUAGAGUGUUUUGGCAUUAUACUUUGUGGGUAUGUUGCUGGUCGAAUGAACAUCAUCAAUUCUACGGAGGCCAAGGGUUUAGGAAACUUUGUGUCCAUGUUUGCACUUCCAGGCCUCCUUUUUCAGAAUAUGGUGGUUUUAGACUUUGCUCACAUCAACUGGAUUUUUGUUUGUAGUAUUCUUGUGGCUAAGGUUGCAGUUUUUAUAACAGUCUGCAUCUUGACUCUGCUGAUAGCAAGUCCAGAAAGUAGAUUUGGCAAAGCUGGACUCUUCCCAAUCUUUGCUACACAGAGUAACGACUUUGCUUUGGGAUAUCCUAUAGUCGAGGCUCUGUACAGGGAUAAAUGCCCAGAAUAUCUUCAGUAUAUUUACCUGCUGGCUCCCAUCUCUCUGCUAUUGUUAAACCCAAUUGGUUUCAUCUUCUGCGAAAUCCAGAAAUGGAAGCAAGAUAUGAACAUUCAACAAAGCAAACUGAAGUCUGUUGCAAUAGUACUGUUCCAGGUUUUUAAAAACCCAAUUGUUUUCAUGGUCAUUAUCGGAAUUUGUGGGAAUUUUAUCUUUCAUCAAAAGAUUCCAAUGAUUAUUGAAGAAUUUCUGGAUGGACUGGCGAGUUCUUUCAGCGGGUCAGCUCUCUUUUAUCUUGGACUUACAAUGGUGGGACAGAUCACAAAGCUGAAAAAAAGUUCAGUUCUUGCAAUUAUUCUUCUGAUCACAGCCAAAUUGUUGGUACUUCCUCUCAUUAGUCGUGAAAUGGUGGAAUUGUUGGACAACGGUAACACUGAGGCUAACUACACCAGUCUCUCGAACUUUGCAUUUCUAUAUGGAGUUUUCCCAACAGCUCCAAGUGUAGCCAUUUAUGCAAGUCAGUACAAUAUGGAAAUUGAAAUUGUGUCUCCAGGGAUGGUGAUAAAUACAUUUGUUUCUGCUCCCAUCAUGUAUGUGUCUGCGUGGCUUUUGACUGUUCCGUCCAUGGAUGCAGAGGUUUUGCAGUCAGCAAUUCAGGAUGUCAGCUUUGAUCUAAGCAUUGUCACCCUGUUUUUUCUGAUCUGGACAGUAGCUGUCAUGCUAUUGAAUAAGAGAUUUAAACAGCUGCCUCAUUUAUAUACUCUCAACUUGCUAAUUGCACAGUGUAUGAUCUGUAUAGGAAUGAUCGUGUGGUAUGUUAUCAUCAAACAAAAUAGUCUUCUUGGUCAAGUUCUGGGAUUCAUUGUGCUGUAUAGUUCACUGUAUAGUGCAUAUGUAUGGACAGGUUUGAUAGCACUAUCGUUAUUUCUGUUGGAGAAAAAUAUUUCUGAGCACAAAGGGUUCUUCAUUGUUGCUGGAUGGGGGAUACCAGCAUUCAUUGUGGGGAUCCUAUUAAUUAUUGGUCAUCCAGAUAUGCAAUCAUUGGGUGAUUCAGCAUUCUUUUAUGGAAAUUAUCAGGUUAUAAGUACGAUGGUGGUAUUACUGUGUAGCAUUAUUCUUGCGGGUUCAUCACUGAUGUUACUCAGUCGAUACAAACAGAAUGUUGCUUAUCAGAGGCUGCAACACCACUCUAUUUCCACGAGCACCAGUGAGGAUUGUAGAGUGAAUGAAAUUCAACCAACAAUUACCAAUGGAACGUCCAUUGCAGAAUUUGCAACAGGAGAAGAAACCUUUGCUGGUCAAAUGGAAAAUCAAGAUGAAUUAUUAUGUUUUACCAACCUGGAUGUUCUGACUGAUGACAGACCCAUGAAUGCAAUGCAACGGGGUGCAGAACAAUGCAUGGCCUUGACACCAGAAGGGGAGUGUUUACGAAGUGCAGAUCCACAGCUCGGCAGGCACGUGCUACUGUGUUUGCUUCUCAUUAUAGGCUUGUUUGCUAAUGUAUCCAGUUGUUUCUGGUUUUUAGUUAACCAAAAACCAGGCCGCCUUUACGUUGAGCUGCAGUUCUUCUGUGUAAUCUUCAAUUUUGCACAGGGUUUUAUUUCCUUUGGCAUAUUUGGGCUUGAUAAGCAUUUAGUCAUUCUCCCGUUUAAGAAAAGGCUUGAAAACCUGUGGUAUGGAAAAGAUCUUGGAGUGCAGACUGAUAAUGCAGCAGCUGAGAACAUAAGGAUGACUUGCCAACAGUUUACUCAGUAUCAUAAAGACCAGUGCAUCAAAGACAUUGCCAAAACAAGGAGUGAUGUAAGACAUGCAGACCAAGUGGAUGAAUAAUUGCUUUGACACAGGUGUGCAGCAGGAACCUCCUCCGACAUUUUCCAGGGCUGUGAUCUGCUGGACUGGUUGAUUCAAGUUGGUCUGGUCCAAGGCCGAAGAGAAGCUAUUAAAUAUGCAAACCGAUUACUAGAGGGUGGCAUAAUUCAAUGCCUUACCAAUGAAUUUCCAUUUCAAGAUGAAUCCCUGUUCUACUGUACGGUGCAGAGGGAUGCACUGUGAUCUGGACUGUCAUUGGAGCUGCUUUGAAUUUAAAGAUGAAAAGCACGGGAACUUUUUCUCAUUGCUGUAGAAAUACAUUACAUUUGUUUUAAAAUCUUAUUAACCAAAGAAUUUGAAAUCCAUUAUUAAAGUUUGUUAAUUUUACCUAACAGCCUUAUUGUUAGAGCAUUAGUGCCCAGGUGAUCUUUUGCCAAGACAAAGAUUAUUCUUUGGGAUCAGGGUGGAAACGUCAUUCAAAAUGUGUUUAGCCAUGGAUUGCACUGAAAUAUUGAGUCAUUUCAUACAUGGAGAAACACAGGUGUUAACGUUAACAUCUGUGUUUGCAGCAAGCGGAACUGAAUGAUGCCACUGUUCUAUCAGAUCCAAAAUGCCUCAACUGUCCAUGUAUCCAUGACUGUGACAUUGAAGACUUGAUAUUGUGCUUUCUUAAUUUUAAAAAACUGCAGCAGAUGUGCUGAAGUACUGAGGGAAACUUUUGCACUUUAUGUUAGAAGGUGCACUUUUAACUUUGAAUGCAUGUAAUCAUCAGCAUGAAAUGCAGAAUAAUUAUAUUUGUCAAAUGUAUUCUAUUGUUUAACACUGGUCAUAGCUCAAGGCAGAAUCUGCUGCAUUUAUAAAUAGGUUGUUAAACCUAUUUCGUUUAACUUCAGUUUUAAUUUACAUUUUAAUUUAAAAAUAUUAAAAUGUUCUUUUUGGAAUGUUU